UCUGCCUCAACUUCAAGUGAGAACAAGAGUGAAGCAUGUAAGGGAAACACAAAAUGCCUGUGCAAACGUUUAUUGCUAUGAAUGCCUCAGGAGCCAUUGAUUUUGCAAGCGAAUGCAUUGUAAAGCGGGAAGAAAGUCAUGCAACCAUCUUACCCUGGCUCUAUCUUUCUUUGGCUCUCCUGGGCCUCCCGACCAAUGGAAUAGUUUUGAUGGAUCUUUGGAGAUCAGAGAGGACACCCUCAGUCAUCUUUACUUUAAACAUAGUCGUGUCAGACCUGAUGCUGUGCUGCAGUUUUUUCCUCAGAGUAGCAUACUACAAAAAGAAUGUCAAAUGGCAGUCUGGAAGUUCAGUCUGUAACGCUGUGGAUCUCAUCACAUUCUCUUGCUUCUACAUUAAUCUUUAUUGCAACAUGUGCUUUCUCUUGUGGACCAGCAUCAAUCGCUACGCCACUGUUGUAAAUCCAGUCUACGCUUUAUUUCGUUUCUUUAAACAUCCAAAGCCCUGCUUGAUCAUUUGCUUGUUGACCUGGUUGGUUGUGUCCUCAAUUGUGAGCGCCAGCAUGGGGAUUAAAAUGAGUUUAAGAAACAUAAAUGGGACAUGCUUUGAUCAGGUUAUCAACGGUUUCCUCCUUUAUAAAGCGAAAUUCAAAACAGUCCACAGUAUCGGUGUGGCAGGAUUUUUUUUCAUUUUGUUCUUGAUGUUGGUUAGCUAUGGCCUACUGGUCUUUCACCUGCAGCAGGUGAGGGGUGGAAGUCUGAUCAGUGCUGGAUUCGGGCCUGGAGGCGGACUAAAAGUUCGGAGGAAGAUUCUAGCCUCUGUCAUACUGUUUGUCCUUUGUUUCCUACCAUACCACAUCCAAAGAAUCAUCUUACUAAAAUCAGACGGAGGAGACUGUCAAGCAGAGUUCAGGAUCAAAACCAUCACCAUAUUUUUAGCAGCUCUAAGCUCCUGCCUUCAACCAGUCCUGCAUCUGGUGUUGCGUUUACACUGCUGUCGUGCCAAACGCAAUGCCAGGGCCAAACCCAAACCUGAGAUCUCAAAGAGCCUGGCAACACCUAACAUCAAUACCAUAAUUCUGACAGAUAAUGCUGUAAAACAAACGGAGAAAACAAAGAACGACAAAGGCGAACUCAGCAACCAACCAACACAAUAAUGAGGAAGAAC